AUGGCCACUCACACAGUUUUCGUCUGCGGCGCUACCGGAGCCCAAGGCGGUGCUCUUGCCCGCCAGCUGCGGGCCCUCAACUGGGAGGUGCGCACCAUCACCAGAAACACCAACUCCGCCGCCGCCCAGAGCCUGGCCUCCAUCGGCGUCAAAGUCCACGAGGGGUCCUGGAGCGACCGCGUUGCUCUCGAGGCUGCCAUUAGCGGCUGCGACCUGCUCUUCCUGAACCUCCUGCCGGACCUCACCAACUUCACCGCCGAGCUCGAGGACGGCACCACCGUCCUCGCCGUCGCCAAGGCCGCCGGCAUCCAGCACGUCGUCUACAGCACCAGCAUCCCGCUGCCCGAGGACAAGACCGACCCCAACAGCUUCGCCGCCCAGCUCUUCCAACCCAAAAAGCAACUCGAGCAGGCCAUCCAAACCGCCGGGUUCCCGCGCUGGACCAUUCUGCGCCCGGGCGCCUUCAUGUCCAACUACCUGCCACCCAUGGUCAACCUGCAGUACCCAGGCGCGACCGAGACGGGUGUUUUCACGAUGGCGCUGCUCGCGACGACGAUGCUGCCCAUGAUUGACACGGAGGACAUUGGCAAGUUUGCGGUCGCGGCGUUCCAGCACCCGGACCGCUUCCACGCCCAGGUCGUCCUCGUCGUCAGCGAGUCCCUCUCCGUUGAGGAGGGCCUCGAGACCAUGCGCCGCGUGCUCGGCCGCCCUAAUAUCCGUGGGAAGUACCUGGAUGGGAAGGAGCUUCAGGCUGCCAAGGCGACGAACCCCAUCCUGGGCAUGCAGGAGUUGCUGCGGCAUGUGGACGUGUUUGAGGGUGCGGAUGCAAGGGAGGCUGCCAAGAAGUGGGGGGUUGAGACGGGCACGUUUGAGGAGUUUGUGAAGCGGGAGAAGAAGGUUUUUGAUGAGGCGUAUCGUAAUGUUUAA